AUGAGCUUACUAAUGUUCAACACUAUAUUCAACCUUUCAAAUGUGCAGAAUGCUUUAGUCAACUCACCUACAGAAAGAAUAAAAAUGCUUUCUUUGGAUGUUGUAGUAAAAGUAAAAGCAAAAAACUUCGUGCAAGAAUUGAUGUAUGGAGAGACAAAAAAAUGUCACCAAGCAGGAUUCUAUAUAUCAGACAGAAAUGUUCGUCUUGCUCAGAAAGACACUAAGCUUUGUUAUUGUGAAGCCACUAUUUUUAUCAAGCAAUACGUCAACAACCCUGAAGUAGUUCUAAUUUAUAUGACCAAUGAUUAUACCAACCAUGUUCCUGGCAACACUUCUGAAAUUAGAACAUUGCCUUUACCUUCUGAGGUCAUCAAAAUUAUUGAAGAUCAGUUAAAAGGGGGCAGCACUUGUAGAAAUACUAGAAUUUCAGUUUUGAAACAAAUUGAAGAGUGGGGUGUAGGCAUUAGAAAGCCCAAUUAUAAAGACAUCUAUAACAGAAUGAGAAAGAUGAACAAUUUACUAUAUAAGUUUCACCCUGAUGAAAAUAAGUCUCUGGAUAUUUGGAUGUGUGAGAAGUUACCAUCACAGAACUACUGUAUCUUUACUGGUGAUCUUUCUGCAUACAGCAACAAUGCACAGCAUUUUGCGUUUGGAUUUCAAUCACUAUCUCAAAUGAUGCUUACGAGAAUUUCCCAGUUGUUUUGUCUUGAUGCAACAUACAACAUCUCUGCACGCAACAUUGAAAUAUUAUACUUGCUUGUUACUCAUUAUCCUGAUACUGGAAAAGGGUUUCCUGUUACAUACAUGAUUACAAACGAUCAUCACUGA